GCCUUUUUAUUUGGCGUAAUCCACUGCACGCCAAAAUACUGCCAAGCCUUGGCCGCUCAAACUUCUACGUUGAUGCUGAUUCUUCCAGAAUCUAUUGGGGCAUCUUCCAUCAUUUGUAACAUGUUUGACAAUAGAUUGCUCGUAAACGACUCUUUAAUUCGCUACCUACUUCUAUUACAUUCUUAUUCGUUUAAAUUUGUGCAUAACCCAGUAUAUGAUGCUCCGUGCAGUCCUGUCGUCGAAAAGGAGUUCUUGUCAUACACGUUUCAAAAUUUGAGUUUCGAUCAAAUAAUGAUGCAAAUUUUGCCGAUUUCCGAAAGUAAUGUUGUGAGAAAAGAAAAGCAUGGCCAGUUUCAUGAAAAUUUGCUCAAACUCCUCAAGUUGGCCAUUUCGCGCUCGCCGAUUUUAAUGUCAGCAUACAUCAAGGUAUCGGAUUGCUUAAUGUUUAUCACAGCUGGCUGUGGCGAAAAUUAA